AUGGCGCUGCUCUCUGCGAAGGGCCCGGGCUACGUCGAGAUGGACCUCGUCUACGUCAAGGACGGGGGCAGGGAGGAGAAGUACUUCGCGGCGGUCGAGGCGUUCUCGCGGCUCUGCUUCGUGCGGCAGCUCCCGGACCGGAAGGCGGCGAACCUCGUCCCGGUCGUCGACGAGAUGCUCACGCACUUCAAGGCGAAGAGCGUCCGGGCGGACAUGGAGUUCUCGGCGUUCGAGAUCCUCAACCUCUUCGAGCGGCGGAGGGUCAAGGUCGACCUCGUGCCCUUCGAGGUCAGGGACUACUCGCGCCUCGCCACGAUCAACCGCUUCUGCCGGUCCCUGCGCCACUACCGGAUGAGCGGCGUCAAGCCGGGGGACAUCGAGAAGCACCACAACCGGGAGAAGCCGGACCACUACUACCCGCACAAGUGCACGGCGGACGUCACGUACGAGGAGAACGUCGCGGUGAUGAACGCGAAGCACCGGAAGGGGAUCCUGCCGCUCCGGGGCGGGCCCAGGGCAGACGCGGGCCAGACGGUCCACGUGCGGCUCCUCAAGGACGGGAAGUUCGACAAGGAGCGGCCGAAGUGGUCCCGGGCGCGGUUCCGGGUGCUCGGGGUCUUCCAGGGCCGCUACGCACUGUGCCGGGAGGGCGACAAGAGCGGCAACGUCAUCCUCCGGCGCUUCAACGAGGUCGCCCCGGGGAGCAAGACGCACACGUACGCGGACGACCACGUCGAGGAGAGCAACCUCUACGUCGUCAAGCGGAUCGAGGAGUGCACGGACCGGAAGAGCAACCCGGUCAGGACGCUCGCGGAGGCGAACAAGAUGGACUGCUGGUACCGCGUGCGGAUGCUCGACGACAGCCAGGUCUGGGUGACCGCGAACCAGGUCCGCUUCCAGUCGAACGAGCCGACGGCGGCGGAGCGGCGCUUCUUCGGGGAGAAGGCGGCCGACAAGCUCACCGUCAUGCGCGCGACGAAGGAGGAGCUCGCUGCGAGCAGGAGGAAGUUCCCAGUAAAUAAAAAAUGA